AUGGCUUCUUCAAAGCUUCAAGCUUUUUGGAACCAUCCUGCUGGCCCCAAAACCAUUCAUUUUUGGGCUCCAACAUUUAAAUGGGGUAUCAGCAUUGCGAACAUUGCCGAUUUCGCCAAGCCACCUGAAAAGAUAUCCUAUCCUCAGCAAGUUGCUGUUGCUUGCACUGGAAUCAUCUGGUCACGCUACAGCAUGGUCAUUACACCGAAAAACUGGAACCUUUUCAGUGUAAACGUUGCAAUGGCUGGCACAGGCUUGUAUCAGCUUUCCCGUAAAAUAAGGAAAGACUACUUUGCAGAUGAGAAAGAGGUUGCCGCAUCGCUGGAAGGAUAG